AGGUCGCCGGGGCCUGGACGGCGAUUGUCCCUUCCCGGGCCCCAUCCCGAGUCGGCGACUGCCCGUGUCAACCGGAGCCUGAGCGAUCAUGGCAACGGGCUCGGGCGGGGAGCGCGUGGCGGCGGCUGCGGCGGCAGCGGCAGUUUGGUCGCGGGCCGGCGCGGCGGAGCGGCGGAGGCGCAGGCGGCGGCACUGGCGUUGGCACCGGCCCUGAGAGCCAUGCUGCCGGGCAGCCCUGAGAGGGAGCUGGCGGCCUGGUGGGAGGCGGAGGCCGUGGCUGCGGCCAAGGCUCAGGCUGCGAAGGACCAGGUCCUUGUGGACCCGGGUGCGGCCGGGGAGCCGGAGCGCAAGGCGGGGGAGGAGCAGCCCAAGGAGCCGGCUCCGGGGCCGCCCAGCGCGGCUGAAGAGGGCGAUGCCCGCAUACCCCCGCGGCCCCCGCGAACGGUGCCGGUGUCCAGGCCGAAGCCAGCGCCGGCGCCGGCUCAGGGCCUCUGCCCGCACGGGAAGUCCAGGAGCAAGGGCCGCAGCUGCAAGCGGAGCUCUAACCGGUCCAACGAGUAUUGCUCUCUGCGGCCCGUCACCGUGGACAGCUCCAAGGCCAGGACCUCCCUGGACGCCCUGAAGAUCAGCAUCCGCCAGCUCAAGUGGAAGGAGUUCCCAUUUGGCCGACGCUUGCCUUGUGACAUCUACUGGCAUGGAGUUUCAUUUCACGACAAUGACAUAUUCUCCGGUCAAGUGAACAAGUUUCCAGGCAUGACGGAGAUGGUGCGUAAAAUUACUCUGAGCAGAGCAGUGAGAAUCAUGCAGAAUCUCUUUCCUGAGGAGUACAACUUCUACCCCCGCUCAUGGAUUCUGCCUGACGAGUUCCAGCUCUUUGUGGCUCAGGUUCGAAUGGUGAAAGACGGGGACCCCUCCUGGAAGCCCACGUUUAUCGUGAAACCUGAUAGUGGUUGUCAGGGUGACGGAAUCUACCUCAUUAAAGACCCCAGUGACAUCCGUCUGGCAGGAACCCUUCAGAGCAGGCCAGCGGUGGUCCAGGAGUACAUCUGCAAACCUCUCCUAAUCGACAAGCUCAAGUUUGAUAUUCGUCUGUACGUCUUGCUAAAGUCCCUAGACCCCUUAGAGAUUUACAUAGCCAAAGACGGACUCUCGCGGUUUUGUACAGAGCCGUACCAGGAACCCAGCCCCAAAAACCUGCACCACAUCUUCAUGCACUUGACCAACUACUCGCUGAACAUCCACAGCGGUAACUUUGUCCAUUCGGACAGCGCUAGCACAGGCAGCAAGAGGACUUUCUCUAGCAUUCUUGGUAGGUUGUCGGCCAAGGGUGUGGACGUCAAGAAGGUCUGGUCUGAUAUCAUCGCCUUGGUGAUUAAGACCGUCAUUGCCCUGACUCCAGAGCUCAGUUUCUACCAGUCGGAUAUCCCCGCGGGGAGGCCGGGGCCCACCUGCUUCCAGAUUUUAGGCUUUGACAUUCUUCUCAUGAAAAAUCUGAAGCCUAUACUCCUUGAAGUAAACGCAAAUCCCAGCAUGAGAAUUGAACAUGAGCAAGAGCUCUCUCCGGGCGUGUUUGAGAACGUCCCCAGCCUUGUCGACGAGGAAGUGAAAGUGGCAGUCAUCAGGGACACACUGCGUCUCAUGGAUCCACUUAAGAAGAAAAGAGAGAACCAGUCUCGGCAGCUUGGGAAGCCGUUAGCCACAGAAGAAGAUCCUGCUGACAGCGAGCCGCCCGAUGCCUUGGCUGGCAACGCAAAUCCUGAAGCCCACCUGCCCUCCAUCUGCCUCAAGCAGGUGUUCCCCAAGUAUGCAAAGCAGUUCAACUACCUGCGCCUGGUGGACAGGAUGGCAAACUUGUUUAUCCGGUUCCUGGGAAUCAAGGGGACAAUGAAGUUGGGACCAACAGGCUUCCGUACCUUCAUAAGGAGCUGCAGGCUCAGCAGCAGCAGCUUGUCCAUGGCUGCCGUGGACAUCCUCUACAUCGACAUCACGAGACGGUGGAGCUCCAUGACCGUGGACCAGCGGGACUCAGGGAUGUGCCUGCAGGCCUUUGUGGAGGCUUUCUUUUACCUGGCCCAGAGGAAGUUCAAGAUGCUGCCUCUACACGAGCAGGUGGCCUCGCUGAUCGACCUGUGUGAGUACCACCUGUCCCUGCUGGAUGAGAAGCGCCUGGUGUGUGGCCAGAGUGGCACGUCGGGGGGCCGGCUCCCUCACAGUGGCACCCCUCAGGAGGCUGCCUCCACAGCCCAGCUGACCGAGAGCCAUGGCCCACCUUGCACAAACAGUGCCCACAAGCUCUCCCGUUCCAGACAUGCUCUGUCCUGAGGGCCGCUUGGUCCUCCGGGAUGAAGAUGGAGCCCUUCAGGGCCCAAGAGACCCCCCAGGUUUCCUGCCGGUGGAAAGAAGGCAUGAUGCUGAGAAUUCCCGCCUGCAAUUCCUGCUAAUCGUCUCCACAUUCUGCCAAGAGGCUGCCUGAUUCUUACCCGCCCUCCUCCCCGUGCCUCUUGGUGGCCCACCUGUUUGCGAGCCGGCAGCGGACAUAUGAUACCCAAAACAUGACAGAUGGCAUCUUCUAUUCUGGGCUCACGGGAAGCCACAACCAGGAUGAAACUGCUGUGACUGGGGCAGGGGGCACCAACCGACCCCAAGACUGAGAGCCGUGGAAAGGAAAGGACUUGAGGCAGCCAAGUCAGGGCUGCCGGGGCCUUGGAGAGGAUACAGUUGGAGUCCAGGAGCAUCAUGUUUAUUUCCUAUCACCUGUUCUGUGAAAACUAACUGGAACUAUCCAGGAGGCGUGCGCAACUCUCCCACCCCCAUCGUGUGCUGCUACGUGGGUGUAGUUAACAGACUGGCCUCGCUGGUUUCAUUA